AUGUCGGCGCCUCCCAGCGAUGGCUACGGCCAGCCGCUUGACCAGCAAGCCCAGGAACAGCCAUACGAUGGCCAGGCCGCACCUCACGGCCACGAGGCUGCUGCGGGCAAAAAGAAGAAGCGAGGAUAUGCGGCGCAAGCUUUCGAGGUCGGCACAGGAGCCAAUGCUUUAGCUGGCGGCCAGCUACCAGUCGGACAGCAGUACGGCGUGCCGCCAGUCCAAGGCGGUGCUGCUCCUUACGGUGCCUAUCCGCAGGGCGAGCCUCAACCUGCCGCUGGCGGACCCGCGGCGCCUGGAUACCAGUAUCCCCAAGCCGGCUAUGGCGCACAGCAACCCGUGCCCGCAGCGCAGCCCGCAUAUGGCGGCUACCAGGCUCCGGAUCAGGGAUAUCAACCGCCGGGUGGUCAGGGUCCUGCCGCUGGCAUCGCCGGCAUCACCCAGGGCAUGGCUGGGAUGCAGAUGGGAGCCCAGCCUCAGCCCCCGCAGAUGGCCCAAGCAAACAGGCCCGCUGCUCUCAACCAGCUUUAUCCUACGGACCUCUUGACCCAGCCUUUCAACGUCACGGAGCUGGAUCUGCCUCCUCCUCCAAUCAUUCUUCCGCCUAAUACCAGCGUGACUGCCUCGCCGGAUUCCAACUGCUCUUCGCGAUACAUUCGCUCCACCAUCAACGCCGUCCCCACAUCCAACUCGUUGCUCAAGAAGUCCAAGCUGCCGUUUGCUCUCAUCAUCCAGCCGUACGGAGCUCUUCACGACGACGAGGAUCCCAUCCCCGUGGUCCAAGAUCAGGUCAUUUCACGUUGCCGAAGAUGUAGGACGUAUAUCAACCCAUUUGUUACCUUUUUGGACCACGGCCACCGCUGGAGGUGUAACAUGUGCAACCUGAGCAACGACGUGCCCCAGGCCUUCGACUGGGAUGCUGCGGCCCAGCAGGCUGCCGACAGAUGGCGACGCCACGAGCUCAACCACGCCGUCGUCGAGUUUGUCGCCCCCCAGGAGUACAUGGUCCGACCGCCCCAGCCCCUGGUGUACCUCUUCCUCUUCGACGUCAGCUAUGCGGCUGUUUCCAACGGCCUCCUGGCCACGAGUGCCAGGACCAUCCUGGACAGCUUGAACAGGAUACCCAACGCGGAUCGCCGAACUCGCCUUGGUUUCCUCGCCGUCGACUCUAGCCUUCACUACUUCUCCAUCCCCAAGGAUUCGGAAGAGAAUGGCGAGACCAGCAUGCUCGUGGUCAGCGACCUUGACGAGCCCUUUUUGCCGGUGCCCCACGACCUCCUGGUUCCCUUGACCGAGAGCCGCCAGAGCAUCGAAAAGUUCCUCCAGAAGCUGCCGGACAUGUUCCAGAACAACCAGAGCAACGGUUCGUGCAUGGGCUCCGCCCUGCGUGCGGGACACAAGCUCAUCUCCGCGCUUGGUGGUAAGAUUGUUGUUCUCACAGCCUCGCUUCCCAACACCGGCGUCGGAAAGCUGGACAUGAGGGAAGACAAGAAGCUCUUGGGAACCUCCAAGGAGAGCAGCCUCCUGCAGACUUCGAACAGCUUCUAUAAGAGCUUUGCCGUCGAGUGCUCCAAGAACCAGGUUUCUAUUGACAUGUUUUUAUUCUCAUCCCAGUACCAGGACGUGGCCUCAUUGAGCAACUUGCCGAGAUAUACGGGUGGACAGACUUGGUUCUAUCCUGGCUGGCACGCCUCGCGACCGGAGGACGCACUCAAGUUCGCCUCCGAGUUUAGCGACUACCUGUCUUCCGAGAUUGGAUUGGAGGCCGUCCUCCGAGUUCGCGCGACCACUGGUCUGCGCAUGAAUGCCUUUUACGGAAAUUUCUUCAACCGCAGCUCAGAUCUCUGCGCAUUCCCGGCCUUCCCCCGCGAUCAGUGCUACGUUGUUGAAGUCGCCAUUGACGAGAGUCUUACUAAGAACGUGGUAUGCCUCCAGGCGGCCGUGCUACACACGACAUGCAAUGGAGAGCGUCGCAUUAGGGUCUUGACUCUGGCCCUGCCAACAACGACGAACCUGUCUGACCUGUACGCGUCUGCGGACCAGUCCGCCAUCACAGCCUACUUCAGCCACAAGGCCGUCGAGAGAGCGCUCAGCAGCGGCCUGGAUGCGGCCCGAGACGCCCUGUCAGCCAAGGUUACCGAGCUUCUCCAGACUUUCAAGAAGGAGCUCGCCGGCGGCAGCAUGGGCGGCGGUCUGCAGUUCCCUGCCAACCUCCGAGGACUCCCUCUCCUGUUCCUUGGCCUCACAAAGAAUGUCGGCCUACGAAAGUCGGCGCAAAUUCCUUCCGACAUUCGAUCGGCCGCCUUGUGCCUCUUGUCCACGCUUCCGAUCCCGCUCUUGAUCCGAUACAUUUACCCCAGACUCUACUCUCUGCACGACAUGCCCGACAAUGCGGGUGUCCCGGAUGAGGCCACAGGGCAAAUUACCCUACCCCCUGCACAAAACCUGUCAUUGGAGAGAUUGGUGCCAUACGGCCUCUAUCUGAUUGACGACGGCCAGGUGCAGUUCUUGUGGGUGGGCCGCGAUGCCGUUCCUCAGCUCAUCGCCGACGUCUUUGGAGUGGAGGACCGCACACAGGUUCACGUCGGCAAGGGCCGGGUUCCCGAGCUCGAAAACGACUUCAACGAGCGCAUUAGGGCCGUGAUCCAGAAGAGCCGUGAUCACCGAGCACUUGGCGUGGGAAGCAUCACGGUGCCGCACCUGUACGUUGUUCGGGAGGACGGCGAGCCAUCUCUCAAGCUGUGGGCGCAAACGCUGCUCGUCGAGGACCGGGCAGACCAGGGAGUAAGUGCGGCACAGUGGCUUGGUUCACUUCGAGAAAAGGUUGUGCAGUAA